AACUGAAAAAAAACCUAAAUUUUCUUUUGUGAAACAAUUUUUCUUACUUUUUGUGUUACUCAAUUCUGCUAAGUCGCGUCCAUAAUUUUUUUUAUAUCCAAAUUCCAAAUUUUUGUAAAGAAUAAAUUAAUCUCAAGAUGAAGCACAUGAACCGCAACACCGUCCGCAGCUUCCUGAGCCUGCGCAGCGUUGCACGCUUGAUCAAUGUUCGUUACGCCUGUGAGGCUUCAUCAGUCGGAGGCAAGGGUCUGGUGGUCGGCAUUUACCUGAAGGAGGGCGACAAGGAUCCUAAGUUUACGCCAAGCGGCGAGAAGCUAAAUGACCGCACCAGCGGCAAGCUAAGACAGCUUGUCUGCGAAUCGAAAGUGGAUGGCCGUCUAGGACGUGGCCGUGUCUUCAACAACAUUGACCCUGACUUUACCUCUGUCGCCGUUGUGGGCGUGGGCAUCGAAGGUAUUGGCUUCAAUGAACUGGAGAUGCUCGACGAGGGCAUGGAGAAUGUGCGUGUUGCCGCAGGAGUCGGUGCGCGCUCUCUUCAGGAGCAGGGCUGCCACAUUAUCGCUGUUGAUGGCAUGGACUAUGCAGAGCAAGCGGCCGAGGGUUCAUCGCUCGCGGUAUGGAGAUUUACAGACAAUGUGAAUAAAAAGAAUCGUAUGAUUGUUCCCCGCUUGGAACUGUACGACUCGGCUGACAUGGACGGCUGGACGCGAGGCAUCUUCAAGGCAGAGUCCCAAAAUUUGGCCAGGCGUCUUUCUGACGCUCCAGCCAAUUGCAUGACGCCAACAAUGUUCGCCCAAGCCACAGUUGAUGCCCUGUGCCCAUGUGGCAUUACCGUCGAAGUACGAACAAUGGACUGGAUUGAAAUGCAGCGCAUGCAUGCGUUCCUUAUGAUUGCCAAGGGCAGUUGCGAGCCUCCGGUACUGCUGGAAAUUAGCUAUUGCGGCACUGCGCCCGAGGACAAACCAAUUCUGUUUGUUGGCAAGGGCAUCACCUUUAACUCGGGAGGUAUCAAUCUGCGCCCUUGCAAAGGCAUGGAUGAAUACCGCGGCAGCAUGUCUGCAGCCGCUGCGAUCAUUGGCAUGAUGCGUUGUAUCGCAGCUCUUUCGCUACCCAUCAAUGUGACCUGCGUCAUUCCACUGUGUGAGAACAUGCCCUCAGGCAUGUCGGUGAAGCCUGGCGAUGUGGUCACCCUGCUGAAUGCAAGAUCAAUGGCUAUUCGUGACGUGGACAAGGCUGGCGUGGUAGUACUGGCUGAUCCCCUGAUCUAUGGACAAACGACCUACAAACCACGCCUAGUUGUGGAUGUGGCCGCCCUUGGCAGCGGCGUUAAGAAAGCGUACGGCGGCGGUGCUUCUGGCAUCUUCUCCAACUCGCAUUACGUCUGGAAGCAGUUCCAGCGCGCUGGCUCCCUGACUGGUGAUCGCCUGUGGCGCAUGCCCCUCUGGCAAUACUACAAGAGACAAGUGAGUGACGAGACUGGCUACGAUCUGAGCAAUGAUGGUCGUGGCAUUGCCAGCUCCUGCUUGGCAGCUGCCAUUCUCCACGAGCUGGUUCCCUGCGCCGAUUGGGCUCACAUUGAUACUCGAGGCACGGGCUUACUCACAAAAUUCGGCUUGGUUCCCUAUCUGACAGCUCGUUACAUGACUGGCCGCCCCACGCGCACCUUGGUGCAAUUCGUGUACCAGAUGGCUUGUCCCGAGAUCAAGUAAGGCGUCCACUGUAUUGUUUGUGAACAGAAUCAAUUGUUAAAUAUGAGAAAGUGAAUAAACGUUACUGUAUUUGAGCGACUGUUACUAUCGGCCAAAAAAAUAAAAUAUAAAAAUUUAACGAUAAA